CUUAAAAUAAAUCCUCGCAACCUGGAUGACACUGGAACGUGUCUCUGAGAAGGCGUGCGCGAACAGGGCGAGGACAUGAAGCCGGAAAGAUCCACCUGGGAUUCCGGCAAUUCCUGUUUUUGAUGUGUUGUUUGGGGGCGGUGUGUGACAACAUCGGAACAGCUCACGGCCAGGAUAAGAGAGAGGAGCAUUUCAUCGCUUUUAACAAGCAUGCCUGUGUGACAGCAACAGGGCCGUAGCACGCGGGCGUGAAAAAAAAAAAAUAUGCAGCACUUUUUCUCAGGCCAACGGAGAAGGGCAAAGUUGGCCCAAGCAAAUUUAAUGGCGAGUUAUGACAGCACGUGGUGUGAAGAGCCUUGUGGAAACAAGAUUUACUAAGCGUGACGACGCAUCUUCGUGAGUGGGUGAUAAAGAUUUGAACCGGAGUAAACCCACUUUCAGGUAGUUACCUAGCAACAUGGCACCACGGCAGUGACAAACUGAUGGCCCGCCAUGCUAUUCACAUACCUGGACCUUUGUGCACGCCAGCGACGCACCUCCGGCUUCAGCACACUCCGGCGCUCGGCAAGUCAAAGUUCAUCGGCCUGUCUCUGCGCUUCGGGGUCGCCGCUUUCACCAGCGACGCGGUCGUCCCUCGGCACGAAGCGGCCGCCGACUUGACGAGGUCUGGAAACGAUGCCACAUCAACUGAGACGAACGCAUCGAAAGUCACCCACGGAUUUCCUUUACCUCGCCAUUUGUUUGGCCCUUCGGCGGAGGAAGGGGUGCGGGUUCGACAUGCAAGGAUGACACGAAGGGAAACAUCAUCAGCCCCGCGAGGGUUUUACGUGGUGUUAGCCGCCGUUUCUGAGCGUGUUUACAAAAUCUGGCCACACCAUCGCGCCGGAGAAUGGCACGCCGAAUUCCCCCAAUCGACAGAAAAAGGCCAAAGUAGCUAUGGUAACGUUAAAAUGUCCUUGAAUAGCCAAGCUGCCCCCGUAGGAGUUGGCGGCUGGGGUCGUCCUGUGGCGAGGGAAAUGAACGGGCUGUGCGCUCAGCCCGGCCGCUGUCGCCUUCGUCCAGGGGAACCGGGUGGAGCGAACAGCAAACAGACGCUAGCAGGCACUAGACAUCCCGGCAAAAAGGACCUGAUAGACCUUCCUGUCCUGAACGAAGACGACCUUGAAGAGCAGUUUGUGAGAGGAUCUGGACCCGGAGGACAGGCCACCAACAAAACCAGCAACUGUGUGGUGCUCAAGCAUAUCCCCACUGGGAUUGUAGUAAAGUGCCAUCAAACCAGAUCGGUGGAAAUAAAUCGAAAGCGUGCCCGAGGAAUUAUGAGAGAGAAACUUGAUGUUGCAUAUAAAGGAGAACUCAGCGAAGUUCUUGCUAAGAAGAAAGAGUCUGUGCUGAGGAAACAAGAGAAGAAGAAGAAGGCACAUGAGAAUCUUGAGAGAAAAAGACUGUUUAAAGAAGCGCUGGUUGCAGACUCCAAACCUGGGAAUGACACUGUUUAAAAUGUACUCCAGUGGUCGUGUAUUUCAUGCCUGCAAAGACUGAGUAACAAAACCUGGAAAGGUACUGUUGAUGGUAUCAAAUCCAGUUAGCCUUUUAUUUGUAUAGCAUCUUUCGUGCAAAGUUGCAAUACGUAGUACUUCACAUGAUACAAGACGGAGAGGGAGAUUUUGAAAAAAAGAAAUAAAAUAUAAUCAAAAAUGCUGGUGAUGUGUGUGCAUUUUUCAGUGCUUGACGGGAGUUUUCCACAAAAGUCAAUGAUUGGGUUAUGAGCUUUAGUUAAAAGCUGUAGUGUUUGACCUUUACCUGUAGCUGUAGGUCUAAUUUGAUUUAGAUGCAUAUUCCUCUAAUUAAUUUAUGAUGACAUAAUUCCCCCUCACUUAUUUCUUGUAAGGUCAUAGUGUUGUUGUCUCACCUUAAAUCCUGAAUGUGUCAUAUUGCACUGCUGGCUCAUUUGAUAUUGAAAACGCGGAUAAAAUAAGUCAAUAUUAUUAAAGCUGUUGCACUUUUGUUUUUUUUAUGUGCUUACUUUUACCGCAUAACAUUUUACCCAAUUUAUGUCAGGAAAACCUCAUGAGCUAAAUAUAGAAGACUUGACAUGCCUUGCAAGCCAUGAUACUGUCGAUUGUUCCUUAUUGACCCCUACUCCCAAGACUCUCACUGUAUAGAAAAAAUUAUUUUCUUCUUAAAAUAAGAAAAACAGACCGGACACUUGUAUCAGCUACUUGCAUGCUUGCCCAGAGGAGGGCAUAUCCACAGGCUACCUCCAUAGAAUCUUGAAUCAUUAUCUUAGAUAACAUUAUGGGAGAUUUUAUAAUUCUACUGAUUAAAUCAUGGUUUUAAAGUCCCCCUCCACUCAUAAAGGUUAUUUGUUCAUUGUUAUCUCUCUUGGAUGUUUUGAUUUUCACUCUGCAGAAUGAUGUAUUGUAUGUUUUCAAGUUCUUCUGCUGAAAGUGGAAAGUUUCUCCGUGCUCACCUAAAAUCUGAGUUUAAGGUGUGUACCAUUAUAACUACCUUUGAAGCCAAUCCUGGUCCAAAAGGCAGUUUACAUAAGUGUGAUGUGAAAACCUGAAGCCUGCAUUGCAUACACACUGAGAAUGGAUUGUUAGUGACGUAGGAGACAUCUUGUAUCCAGUUAAGUUUGAAAUGAACAAUUUUUGCAUAUUUCUAGACUCUGGAUUUUUGAUUCAGGAGGAUAUGUAGAUGUUAUUUUAAGAAUUUUUAACCAGGUAACUGAGAAGACACAAAUGACUAUUCAAAGCAGAAUAUAUUUAUAAAUCUUAAAGCGUGCCUGGAGGGGAUUUUAAAAUUGUCUAUCUGCUCAAUAUUUUAUACACUCAGUUGCCAGUUAAAUAAUUGCAUCUAGCUAAACUAAUGCAGUCUAAUAUAGCAGUCAUGCAGAAAAUCCUACCUUCAUGAUGGUUAAAAUGUUCGGUUGUGUUGAAACAGUUUCAGAGAGGUGUUCAUUCAACUU